AUUAAUUAUUAUUUUAUGACAUUUGAAGAGCUUAGUGUAAAAACCGAGUAAGUGACAUUUUAGGAGUGUUUAUGAAUUGCAGAAAAUGACAUUAAGUGGUUCCAUUAAUAUGGGUACUUUUACUGUAAGAGAAUCGUUUUCGAUUUCAUAUUAAUCUUAAUAUAACUAAUGUUUUUUUUUCCUUUUUUCAUAACAGAUGGAGCCACAGGAUUUUGCUAAUCAAGAAAGAUUUUAUUAUUUCUUUUCAGUUAGUUCGAGCUCAUAAUGGUUCGUAGAUGAGUAAUGUUAUAUUUGGCAAUAUGGCCUAUGAAAAGUCUAUCACUCAUUUACUAUUCAAUGAAAAAUAGAAUCUUAAUGCUAUGUAUAAAUCACGCUCUUAUAAUCAAUUAAAGAAAUGAAAAAUAAACUUCGGUUCUUUCUGCGGUAUCUUAAUGGCGUCGAAUUGGUAAAUAACUUCUCGUAGCCAGCAUGAGUUUAGGAUAAGAAGUUUUCUUAUAACAUGACAUUCUUAGACAUUCUCUAAAAAGACAUUACAGGCAUUCUAUUUCGUUUUUUACAUUAAAGACUUGUGAAUUUCAGAACUCAAUUUAAACUUUUCAACUCAAAGUGAGAAAAAAAACCAUCAUUUAAUUAAAUGUCUAUAAAAUCUUAUUAUGGAAUUAAGGCUGUGAAAGAAGCCUAAAUAAAAGGCAAUUAAAACUCUUGCUGAUAUACAUCAAAAUUGUAACUUUCCCGUAAAUAAAUGAUUAUUCAAUGACAAGCGUUUAGAUACGUUGAACGAAAAAAACGUAAGUAGUUUUCUCAUUUCACUUUUAAGAUUAAUUUGGAGUUAUCGGACCCUAAGGAGCAAGUGAAUUAUGGAGCGUCUGAUAUCGGCAAAUUUUUCUGAUAACUUUACAGACUUCAUGGAAUUCCCAAUGGGCAAUGAGACUCUUUUUCCUAUUCUGUAUGAAGAUCACGUAGCAAAUUUAAGUAGAGACAGUGAUAUAUCAAAACACGAAAUGUUGCUUAUCUACGAUAACUCAACCAAUUCUUCCGAAGCAUAUUGGUUUGAUGGAAAUCUAACCAACUUUUCACUUCCGUUAGGAAACUUUACGAACGUAAAAAAUGAUACUUCAUCUUCUUUGUCAGAUAUGGUUAAAGCAGUUAUUAUAACUGGUUUAUUGAGCUCAACUACAAUGGCGACUAUAGUAGGUAAUCUUUUUGUCAUAUUUGCGAUUCUGAUGGACCGUAAUCUUCAGACAGUUGGGAAUUAUUUAGUUCUUUCAUUGGCUGUGGCUGAUUUAAUGGUUGCUCUUCUGGUUAUGCCUAUGGGUGCUAUAUAUGAAGUGUAUCAAGAGUGGAUUCUAGGACCAGUAUUGUGUGAAAUAUGGACCUCGGCGGAUGUUCUUUGCUGCACUGCAUCUAUAUUGCAUCUUGUAGCAAUUGCUACGGACAGAUAUUGGGCAGUAACAAAUGUUGAUUACGUAAGACAAAGAAGCAGUAAUAAAAUAGGACUUAUGAUUUUCCUUGUUUGGGCUGUAGGUUUCUUAGUUUCAUUUGCUCCCAUACUUGGCUGGAAGGACGACAAUUUCUUGUUCAGAAUUGAGGAAGAAAAAAGGUGUCUCGUGAGCCAAAAUGCUGCUUACCAGAUAUUUGCAACUUGUGCCACAUUUUAUGUACCCCUUGUUGUAAUCUUAAUUUUAUAUUGGCGAAUAUUUCAAGUAGCCAGAAAGAGAAUUCGGCAUAAGCCAGGAGCAAAAGCCCGAGCUAUACAACCCUCAGAAAAAUCUAUGGUCCAUAUUGUAACACAUGACACUAAAAGCUCUCCAUCAACUCAAAUGACAGAGACAACAACGUCAGCAACUAAUGGAACAACUGCAACAAUAGAAACGAUAACUCCAGCUACAAAGAAUAAAAAGAAGCCUACUAGAGAAAACAUGGAAGCCAAAAGGGAAAGAAAAGCUGCCAAAACUUUGGCCAUCAUCACAGGAGUUUUCGUGAUCUGUUGGUUGCCGUUCUUCGUUACAGCAUUGCUUAUGGCCAUAUGCCCAGCUUGUGAACCGAACCCAUACCUGUUCUCUUUCUUUCUGUGGUUGGGUUAUGCCAAUUCCAUGCUUAACCCAAUAAUAUAUACGAUUUUCAGUCCGGACUUUAGAAGCGCGUUUAAGCGUGUUUUAUGUGGGAAGAAACGAGGCAAUAUGCGCUAGACAAGACUAACUUCAUGGAUGAUUUAUUGAGUAGUGCUAUUUUCUGGAUAAAAGAAUUUUGGUAUAAAUACAAUGACGUGGAAUUUAUUGAAGGAAACUUUAUCACCUUUAGUUCUACGACGUUGACUGUUGAGAAAAAGAGACCCAAAAAAAAUUGAGCUUCUUAUGACGGUGAGCUUCAAAAUCCAAAAAAGCUCAAGAUUUAUAUCUAAUGUAAAUGAAACAAGAUAUUAACUUUUCAAAAACUUUAUGCUUAUGUCUUUAACGCUAGUAGAAAAUAGAAAAUGUUCGUAAAACUGUAAAGUGACAUGUUAGUAGUAGAUGUAGUUGAAUUACAAUGUAAGCUUUUUGAGCAGAAAAUCAAUUUCAGAAGCAUAAAAAUGUAUGGAUUUUUAAAA